UUUUAGUCUACGAAUGGCAAAGUUUUGAUAUGUAACAAACCCCACACCGCUAAGCAUUAUAUAUAUAUAUAUAUGUUACCGCUUUUCCUCAUUUUGUGUAAUUUAGAUGGAAAAAAUUGCCAAAUAAAUUGCGAAAAUAGCUAAAUUUGUUUCUAGAUGGUAGAGUAGCGUGAAAAGUCGCUCAAUUUAGCAAAAAAAAAAAAGUACUAAGUUUGCAGCGCUGGAUGAAAGUACAUUUAAAGGGUACGAACUGACAGCCUUCUCAACCAAUCAGAUUAGCCUUCAGGCACGCCCCCGCACUUUAACACGCCCCAUUUCUGAGCUUUUCCCCCGGAUUGCUCCACAGAUUCAUCCUCCGCCAUGGAGGCUCUGGGGGGAUACCCCACCAAAUCAUCCGCUUCCAGAGCAGGCCUGAUCAAGGUGUUGUUGAGCGCGGCUCUGUGCAUGGGCUCGCUGUACCUACUGCAGAGUAAGAUAUCAAAGUCGCGGAAAGCCAAAGAUUUCUACUCGUAUGAAGUGAAGGACGCGCGAGGCAGGACCGUCUCCCUGGAGAAAUACCGAGGGAAAGCGUCUCUGGUUGUAAACGUGGCGAGCGGGAGCGAGUUAACGGAGCAGAAUUACCGAGCUCUUCAGGAGCUCCACCGGGAGCUCGGCACGUCUCAUUUCAACGUGCUCGCCUUCCCCUGCUCGCAGUACGGCGACACGGAGUCGGGCACCAGCCGAGAAAUAGAGGCUUUGGCCAAAUCCAACUACGGCGUGACGUUCCCCAUCUUCGGCAAGAUCAAAAUAAUGGGCUCCGAGGCGGAGCCCGCCUUCAGGUUCAUCACGGACUCGGUACAGAAAGUCCCAAAAUGGAACUUCUGGAAGUUUCUUGUGAGUCCGGAGGGCCAGGUGGUGCGCUUCUGGAAGCCGGAGGAGCCCGUAGAUGACAUCCGGAAGGAGGCCACAGCGCUCGUGAGGAACAUCAUACUGAAGAAGAGACAGGAACUGUGACGCGCACGGGCGCGCGCGCUCCUCCGGAGCCUGCACCGCUGUGCGCGUUUAAGUGCGCGUCGGUCCCGCGCGUCGCUUUGGUAAAUGUGAAUGAAACUGGACACAAGAUUUGUCAGCGAGGCGUGUCUUUGUGUGCUUGUAUGUAUGUGUCAAUGUUAAUAAUUUGUGAAAAACAAAAUGCCUUUUAAAAUGUAUUUUUACGAUCAAGCUGGAAUAUUUAAAGAUGCAUCCAUGCAAAUGUUUCGAGCCAUUUUUCUGGCAUGUGACAAGAACACCACGGAAGCAAUCAAGUUCAUAUUGUUGCUUUUUUGGGGGGGGUUAAACAAAGCAUUGCAGAUGAAUGCAAGUAACGUUUACCAAAGAUUUAAUUCAGAUUCGUUUUCUGCCAUUGUCUCUGGUUAUAAAACUGUAAUAAAAAGUCAUCAACAGUG